AUGGCCCGUAACUUCAUGGCACCUUUGUCACCCGUGUCUCAGGGCACGCGGCACUGGGCACGAGUCCGGUACUUUACAUACCAGCCUUUGGCACUAGUCUUGAAAACUCUUGUGGCCAUCAACGUCGAUCCAGAUCUCAACACGGAGUAUUUCUGGCCUUUCAUUGUCUUCGCAUCCAGCCUGAUGCCUGUGGGACUGGUAGCAGCGAUACUAUCAAGAGACAGCGUGGGUAAGUUGGCUGUGCACGUUUUAGAAGAUCCGCGGACAAGCAACCAGCUUCUGAAGCUACAGUCGUAUGGAGUAUUUUUCAUUUUCAAUUGUCCAGUGCUGUUGCUGGCAUCGUCACAAGCUGUUGUCCAAGCCCUUGUCUUCACAGUGGUCGGCUUCUACGUUGUCUUUUAUCCAAUGCUUGACGAUACAGAAACCCUCGCGCGCGCUUUUGGAAGCUACUCUGCCAUUGGUCUCGGUCGGGUCUACUUGGACCCAUCUUGGGCUUUCACUUCAACGAUGAAGGUCAUGAUGUUUUGCCACCUGGCAGAAGGAUUUGCCAUUUAUUCGCUGAUGUUUUCCUUCAGCUCCGGUCCACGAGAACAAGUUCUCGGUCGGAAUGUCCCUGGUUUGUUGCUGGGACAGUCGCUUCCUGCCAUCGAGGCUCUACGUGACCUCAUCCGAACGCGUGGAGGACCGGACUCUUUCCGUCGUGUUCUACUUCUGCAGCGGCAGCGACUGGAACGCAGGGAGCAUGCCAUGGCCCAGCUCUUAUUCUUGAGCCAUGGCCUGCGAAGAUGGAAGCUAAAAGCUGAGAUUUGGUCACGGAUUCUGGACUUCGCAGCGGAUGCGGAGUUCGUGCAGCCAUGUGGUCGUGUUGGCCUACUUGAUGAUCUUGGUGCGGUCUCGGACAUCACAGAGGCCACCACCUCCUGUGGACGUACAGGCUCUGUAAGUACCGUAACUGGGCUGUUGAGCAGCUAUGUUUUUGGAGAUUCUUGGUUCGAGGUGUUUCAAGGUUAUCUAGGAAAGAAAGCCUUUGAGAAGCGUUUCUUUGCCCCCUUUUCUGUCGAGAGCAUAGGUAGCAAGAGUCCGCGGUUUCACGCGGCGCCUCAUCGAGCGCCUGUGACGCGGCUUGGGAUCGGCUUGAAAGCCGACCCUUCUGCAGAGUUUCUGUGGCUUGGAAUCAAGAGCCUAGUGCCCCUGGAGCUUUUCUCUAUGUUUAGAGAAGAGUGGCAGUUUACGUAUGUGCAGUGCACGUGA